AUGGCCCUCUCUCCAGUGCUCGUGACGGAGAUGUUCGAGACAGGUCCGGACCAAGGUGCCCAUUUUUCCCAUGAGAUCUCUGGAUGGCAUUUGACUGUGGAGGCCCGACGCCUGGCUUGCGGCCGGGAGCCGAGAGGACUGGAUGACAACACCUUGGUUUCAUAUGCGGCAGAGGAGGCUCCAGCGCCCAAGUUAGCUCAGCUCUACGAGAAGCUGAGCGCUGAGCAACAGGCCAGCCUCUCCAAGGCGGUGACGGAGAAGUUGCAGGGCAUCAUCGGGGGCUAUGGGGAGCUCAGCGUGUUGGUGGAGUACAUCUCCGUGAUGCUGCAGUCCAGCCGACCCCCUGAGACCAUCCAGGCCGAACUGGAGGCCUUCCUGCAAGACAAGAGCGGGCCCUUCACCAGCUGGCUCUGUGAGAAGCUGGCGAAAAUCGUGGAGGGCGGCAGCAAGCGGAAGCGCGAGAAAGAUGGGGGAGAGAAGAAAGCCAAGAAGGAGCGAUCCAAGGAGAAGAAGAGCGCCGCCCCCGCCGCGUCCUCGGCCGCGGCCUCCGCGGCCGCGGCUGCCGCAGCCGCGGCGUCCGCGGCGCCGGCUUCCGCGGCGCCGGCGAGGAGUCGCAGUCGGAAGAGGCGAAAGGCCAAGCUGACGGACCGAAAGGCCAAGCUGACGCCCAACGUGGACUUUCAGGAGCCCCGAGCGGACGAGGCCCGCUGGUCCUUCCGCGCUGAAGCCGGGCCGCCCGGUGGUGCCAGCGCCCCUCCGCGGGAGAAGCCGGAGGACAAGGCGGCCUAUGCGGCCCCUCCGGGCUACAUGCCACCCGGAUAUCCUGCCAGACCUGCUGCCCCCAUGCCAUCGUUCGCCCCAGCUGCCGCGGCGCCGGCGCCCGUCUUCUUUGCGCCAAAGAAGUGGCGGGUGGCGCGAGGCAACACGGUGGUGAGGAAGAGCGAGAAGUUGGACAGCGAGGAGGUUCAGAAGCUGCAGGAGGGUGAGAUCGUGGAGCAGGUGGCACCCGCCUUUACCACGGAGAAUGGUAUCAUCCGGGUUCAGAUCCGGCACCCCUCGUCCCCGCUCUUCCCCAAACCCAUCGGUUGGGUGACCCAGGACGCAUCCGCGGCGGGUGGGCCCAAGUUCCUGGAGCCCGGGCCGGAGCCCAUGAAGCAACCUUGGGCAAGUAGCGGCAGCGCCUGGGCCCCCCCGUGGAGGCCUCGCGGUGUGCCGCCCCCGCGCCCGGCCUACGCCAAGAGUUUCCAGAACCUCACCUGGACGCCUUCCUGA